CUGUAUUGUGUAAUUUACCAAUGUUAUGAUUUAAGUCGUCAAAAAGAGUUAGAAAAUGGUGCUGAAUCUGUUUCAGUUAAUGGAUUUCAAAAGUUAAUUGAAAUGCAUGUCGAAGAAUAUGAAUUUAAUCAAGCUGCAUGGGAGAGCGAGCUUGAAGAAAUGCAACGAGCUCAAAAAAACGAAUACUGUGAUUUUGUAUUUAAGCUUUAUGAAGAACAUCAACGGCGUGUGGCAGAACAACUGUCAUCCGCUGAUCCAACAGGUGUGCAUCGGUUGGAUGGAAAAGAGAUAGCUUCGGUAGUCAUAGCUGAUAUGAAAAAAAAUAAAAAAAAAGUGUCCAAAGAGCUUUCAAGGCUUGUACAAGGAAACCCGACACGUAGUCUUCCUGGUAGUCGUCCUGGUAGUCGUCCUGGCAGUGUUAGUUCGAUGUCAGAAGUGAUUUUAUCGACAGGACUGAUGACUCCGCAAUCCCCUAUGUUUGCAAGUCCUUCUGAUGAAAAGAAAUCUCCAUUUUUUCCACCAGAGGAUGAUCAUGUCUUACAAAUAAGAGAAAUGGGUUUUAGUAGUGAACAAGCUAAAGUCGCACUCGAAAUGACCAAUGGAGUAAUGGAACACGCUGUUGCCCUUCUUAUUGACCAAUCAGGCAAAGUUGACGCACAAAUAGCACAACGCCGUCCUUCAGUUCCCAUGAUUUCAUCUACAAAAGACACACCGGUUCCACACAGGCGUUCAAAGUCUAAUAGUAAACCAUUAGUCUUAUCCGUGCUUACAAAGCAAGAGAAGAAAAACGCAUGGUCUCCAAUGGCAUUUUUACAACAAAAGAAUGGA